UGCUUCGGUGCAGGUGCGCACUCAGCUGGCGGGCAGAGAGGAGGAGGAAGAGGAGGAGGAGCUGGGAUUGCUCAGGUGCUGGUGGCGGGGUGAGGCUGCGCUGAGUCAGGCGCUCACACUCCUGCCUGCCGGCUCCUGGCCGCUUAAAGCGCACGGAGCUGCCUGCCUGAGACGCCUUCGGACACAUCCACUAGCACGUUUCACACCUGGCUCAGACGGGGAAAGGACCACCAUGGGGCUGUUCUACAGCAAGAGCCAGACAGAACCGUCUCCAUGCAACUUGCUCACUGUAAAAAUCAUACAGAUGAAAAAUGCCAGGAAAGCAGACUUGUUAAGUCAAUCUGAUUGCUAUGUGAGCCUGAGCCUGCCAACAGCUUCAGUGCAGCAUUUCCGCACCAAGACUGUCCAGAACAGCAAGAAUCCGACAUGGAAUGAGACCUUCCACUUCACGAUUCAGAGCCAGGUUAAGAACAUUCUGGAGCUUAAAGUUUGUGAUGAGGACAAAGUAACUGAAGAUGACCAUCUCCUCACUGUUUUCUUUGAUGUCUCCAAAAUCCAGCUUGGAGAAAACAUUCAGCUAAGUUUCCAGCUGAAUCCACAGGGAAAAGAGGAGUUGGAGGUUGAAUUCACAAUGGAGAGCAGUCCAGAUCCUCCUGAAAACAUUAUUACUAAUGGAGUUCUAGUGUCUCGUGAGGUUUCCUGUUUGGAUGUGCAGGUGAACGACGGGAGGCUGAGGAAGGACACUAUGGAGAGAAAGUUUGCACUAACUGUGGACGGGUCGUAUGAAGGAACCCAGCUGCACACGCUGAGCUCCUGCCUGUGCCCGACGUCCCCGGCCAGGUUCCACUACAUCAAGUACAACCAGUCAGCGCUCACUGUGGCUCUGCCGCGGCGCAGGCGGCUCAGCAGGUCUAUAUCAAGUCAAAAUGAAAGGGAUAUGAACGAAUCUGUGACUAUACCUCUGAACUCGCUUCCUAUACAAGAGAAAAUAGCAAUAGGAGAGGACAGGACAAUUGACUUGUACACAAAGGCAAAUGAAUGGACUCAGGGUCUGUGUUUCAGACCAAGAAACCUUGAUGCCCGCCUGGGGUUUGACCUGUGCACAGAUGAACAGAAUUUCCUGCAAAACCGAAGGAAGGUAGUUGCUGCUGCACUAAAGGAUGUUCUUCAUCUGGAGGAAGAUCUGCAAGAGCAUGAGGUGCCUAUAGUGGCUGUGACAACAGCAGGGUGUGGCAUAAGAGCACUCACUGCCAUGUAUGGCAGCAUUUUGGGUCUCCAAAAGUUGCGUGUUCUGGAUUGUGUUUCAUACAUUAGUGGUUCAUCUGGCACAACAUGGACAAUGACAAAGCUAUAUGAAGAUGCUGAUUGGUCACGUAAGGAUCUUGGGGAAGUAAUUAUUGAAGCACGGAAGCAAGCAGCCAAGUGCAAGAUGGGGGCUUUUUCCUUGAAAAGUCUGAGGAAUUAUUACAGAGAGCUGAGCCAAAGGACCCAAGCAGGACAUAAAACAUCUUUUAUUGAUCUGUGGGGUCUCAUGAUUGAAGCCAUGUUAAAUGAUGGGAAAAGCCACCACAGACUUUCUGAUCAACGUCAGGCAGUGAACCAAGGUCAGAACCCACUGCCCAUCUACCUUGCCCUUAAUGUCAAGGACAAAGUUGCCACCAAAGAUUUCAGAGAGUGGGUGGAGUUCACACCAUACGAGGUGGGCUUCCUGAAAUAUGGCGCCUUCAUUCGUGCGGAGGAUUUUGGCAGCGAGUUCUUCAUGGGUCGCCUGAUGAAGAAACUCCCUGAGUCACGAAUCUGCUUCAUGCAAGGAAUGUGGAGUAGUAUCUUCUCCAAAAAUCUCUUGGAUGCCUGGCAUGCAGCUGACAAUUCAGAAGACUUCUGGAACAGGUGGACCCAAGACAAAGUGACCAAAAUAGAGGAACAACCAGACCUGCCUGAGAAGCCGUAUGAGAUGGCUACGUGCGUUUUCACUCCUACGAGCGGCCUCUCCACAACGCUCCGGGACAUCCUGACGGAUCGCCCUGCUGUCUCCAAGUACCACAACUUCCUAAGGGGCUUCCAGAUGCACAACGAGUACAUCCAGGAUGAACAUUUCACAAAAUGGAAAGACACCUUGCUAGACACCUCUCCCAAUGACCUGAGAGGCAACUCGGAACACCUGGAGCUGGUGGAUGCAGCUUUCUUCUUUGAAACCAGUUACCCACCCGUUAUGAGACCAGAGCGGAAAGUGGAUGUCAUCAUACACUUAAAUUACACAGGUGGAUCACAGACAUUGCCCUUGGAACAGGCUUGCAAAUACUUUGCAGAGCAGGAAAUUCCAUUUCCCUGCAUUGGACUGACGGAUGAUGAGAAUAACCUGAAAGAGUGCUACAUGUUCGAUGGUGCAGACACCCCAGGAGCUCCUCUGCUGCUUUAUUUUCCAUUAGUGAAUGACACUUUUCAGAGAUAUGUAGCACCUGGCAUGUUACGUACUGCUGCUGAAAUGGAGCAGGGCAAAGUUGAUAUCUCCAGUUUCUCCUCUCCAUACUCAACCAGGGAGGUCUCGCUGAAAACAGAAGAUUUCAACAAGCUUCUGAAGCUGGCUAAUUACAACAUAAUGAACAAUGAGAACAUGAUUCUUCAGGCCUUGCGCAUGGCUGUGGCACGGAAGAAACAAGCCCUGAGCCAGUCCUCACAGGCACAGCCCUCUGCUUGA